AUGGAUGGUGAAAAUAACCAAAGAACAGAAAAUGAGGUACACGAUUCUGAGACAUACAGAGCAGUGGCAAAAUUUGAUUUUGAAGGAAAAAAUAAUGAUGAGUUGUCCUUUCCACGAUCAGCUGUUAUAAAGAUAACUCAGAUGUUGGAAGGGGGUUGGUGGGAAGGAACAUAUAAUGGAAAUGUUGGAUGGUUUCCAGAAAAUUAUGUAACACUUAUUGAUGAUGAUAUUUAUGAGGAGAUUAAUGGGACAACUCCUACUAAAUUAAUAUCAAAUAGUGGUGGUAAUAUGAAAUUUAGAGACCAAACUAUUGAAGAAUUUAUGGAUUUUAUGGGAAAAAUGAUUAUAGAAAAUAAACAAAUAUAUGAAGAAUAUAUUUUAAAAUUAGGAGAUAUUGAAGAAUUAAAAAAAAAUAAUGAUGUAAUUAAUUUUGUUAAAAUAACUCAAAAGUUAAAAGAAACAUUAUCAUUACCUGUUACAGAUCAACGUAUUGGUGGAGUACUACUUUAUAAUGCUAAAGAAUAUAAAGAAUUAUUAAAAGAGUACUGCUUUAGGCAUCCUGUAGUUAUUGAAAAUAUAACACUAAUCAAUAAUAAAAAACAAAAUUUACUAGAGGAUGUAUGUGGGGUACCAUUAAAAGAUAUUGUAAUGGGUUUAAGUUCUUAUUUUCGAAAUAUAGAAAAGUAUGCUAAUCAUUUAUUAGAAAUAGAUAGAAACUCAAAAAGUAACCAUCCUGAUUUAGGAGAUUUGAGAAGAGCAGCAGCUGUUUAUAGGAGUAUGGCUAGUUUUUGUUUAACAGUAAGAAAACAAAAAGAGGGUCAAAUGGACUUUAUAUCAGGACAAUAUAUCUCCAAAUUUGGAAAGACAUGCAAAAACAUUGGCGAUAUAAAAUGGUUAGGAAUAGUAGAAUGGAAAAAAGAUGGUGGAUGUCAUACAAAAGACGGUAAAUGUAGUGAGGAACGUUAUUAUGGUGUAUUCGAAAAUAAAAUUUUAAUUAUUGAGUUAAUAAUUGAGACAGCCACAUACAAAUUAGUUGAUUCUCACACAACAAAUAAUAUUUAUGUUAGAAAAAAUAUUGAGGGAAAGCAUAGUUUUGGAAUAGGAAAUGAAAUAGAAAAUGACUAUAUUAUAAUAGUAACAAAUGAUGAUGAAUUUGAGAUAUUGAGUGGAGUUUUUAAUGAGAUGAAAAUGAUUAAAAAUAUUAAUAUUGAACAAUGUAUAAUGUCAAAUCCAACAAGUCCAGUACCACAAAUAAGAAGUGACAUCUUGACAAAAUGUAAUAGUGAAAAAAAUUUAGAAUUAACAAAUGGUGUAAUUUUAAGAGAAAAAAAUCAACGAUCAAAUAGUUCUGUUGGGAUGACACGUACUGAAUGUGCACUCUCAUCAGAGUCAAAAAAAACUGGUAGUGAUAUAAUUGGUGGAAUAAAAGUAAAUCAUGAUCUUGGUAUAGCAUGCCUUGAAAGUGAUGAUGAUUAUUGUGAACCACCAAUAACUCCAGUUUUGAGUAAAAAUGUUAGAGAAAUUUCAAGAUUACCAUCAUCAAAUGAAAAUAAAACAUUUGAUAUUGAGUAUAAUUCAAAUAUAAAUACACCAUUAAUUCUACCUCGACCUUUACCACCAAACACCGUACUUGAAAAAUAUAUGGGAAUAGAUUCAAUGAGUAAUGUUAAAAUGAGAAAAAAAAGUAAUAGUUGUGGAACAGAACAGGGUGAUACAGAACUAUUAAAUUUGAUUGAUGAAUUUUAUUCUGCCUUUAAAGUAGCAGGUGUUGAAGAUUUAUCAAAUUCCUUAUCGGAUGCUAUAAUAAGAAUGGAUGAACAAGGUCCACAGUUAAUAGUUGCAGAUGAAGAAAAAAUAUUUAUAGAAGAAGUUGAUGAAAAGACAGGAGAGAUAACAUUAAAAGAAAAGACACUUGUUGAUACAGUAUAUUCAUUGCGUGAUUCUGUUACUCACCUUCAAGAAGAUGUUGCUGAGAUAAAAAAAUUACUUCAAAACAAGGUGUAA